UGCGUGCUGUACAAACAACGUUGAUUAGACCUCAGAUUCCUUUUGGGUUCAAUUGCAUUUCAGUGCAUGCGGAGUUUCAGUUUAAUUUUGCAUGAAGAGGAAAUUGCUUUUAUUUGAUAACAUGGCUGAUAAAUUUUGCCGGCUUUCCUGACCUUAACAAUUGUCUCUUAGCUAACAUAGUUAGCUGCUUUAAGAUGCUUUACUUUCACAACAGAUUUUGCACGAAAUGUCAAGGAACUAAAAGGGAUUGCUGAAGCUGUGCGUUUCUUGUAUACAGAGCCCGUUUCUCUUUCUCACACACACGCACGCACGCGCCGCGUCCGCCAUCUCGCCGCCGUUUCCUGUCGCAGGACUGCAUGUCUCCUCGAGGGGGCCCCCAUGAGACAUCGCCGUGCUUCACCGAUCGGACCGACAACUUUUCCGCUGUGCGGUUCAACUCGCUUUGUUGUUCAUGAUUUAAUUUUAGGUUGUUCAAAACUAAAAUGAGUUUGUUUCCAUACAGUCCGACAGAGAGCGGGUUCUGAAACGGGCAUACAGGGAAGGCGACGUUUUUGCAAAGCAAAACAAAGAAACAUAAAACGACAAGCAAGUAAAAGUUCUUGUCUGUGGCGUAGUGUGUCCAGGACUCACAGCAGCGGGCGGUGGCUGCGCUCGACGCGCGCCAUUGGCUCGCUCGGCUGUCACUCACACUCCGCCGUCCUCGCGAGGUCCGAUAAAGGCCGAAGCGCGGAUCUGUCAGCUCGCGCGGCGGCUGCGCGUGCGUGGACCGUUUUAAAACUCGCGACCACCGGCGACCGAUUACUCGCGUCAGUGGUUCGCGCGCGUGUUACGUUCGGAGUCGCGUUUUGUUGCGCUUGACCCAAGCGCACGAGCAGAUGACGCCGCGUUAUCCACGUUAACUUUUAUUCCCCGCUGUAGUUUUGUGGGGUUUUUUUUUUUUAUUUUUUUUUUACACGGAACAGCCUAAGUCGAGAGUCCAAGAGGAAACGCGAGCCGCUCGUUAUUAGCGGAGGCGUGUCCCACUGACGGAGCUGAAAACGGCUCCGUGCAGUCGCCCGUGGCACUCUGAUCCUCACGGCCCAGGAGAGCCGCGAGACCCUCACCGCUCAGCCGACUUGCAACUUUUUUUGUUGUUGUUGUUUUUGCACGCGCGCUGAACGCGCAGACGCGAGCUUUUGCGCACAGAGCCCGCGGCGUUCCAGCCUCGCGUGUCGAUGCAUUUGUCAAACUUCCAAUAGAUUGUUUCAUUUGUUUGGCAUCUGCUGCAGACAAAAUGUAACCAUGUCACGCUCAGAUGGGGCUGUAGGCAUCCACCUCUAAUCAGCAUGGGAGACGUUCUGUAUCACGGCAACGGCGGGACCAGCACGGACGGGACCGCCACCAGCGUGUUGAACUGGGAGCAGGUUCAGCGCCUGGACAGCAUAAUGACGGCGUCCAUACCGAUACACGGGAAAUGGAACUUUCCCACCUUGGAAAUGAAGCCCCGGGACAUUGUGAAAGUGGUACGGUGUCGCAUGGAAGAACGGAAAAUCCACGUCCGCGAGGUCCGUUUAAACGGCUCCGCCGCGAGCCACGUUGUGCACGAGGACAGCGGUUUGGGGUACAAGGACCUCGACCUGAUAUUUUGCGCGGACCUGCGAGGCGAACUGGAGUUCCAGAUGGUGAAAGACAUCGUUCUCCACUCACUUCUGGACUUCCUGCCUGAAGGCGUGAACAAGGAGAAGAUAACGCCGCUUACUUUAAAGGAAGCAUAUGUACAGAAGAUGGUGAAGGUUUGCAGUGACACAGAUCGCUGGAGUCUCAUCUCUCUGUCCAACAACAGCGGGAAGAACGUGGAGCUGAAGUUCGUGGGCUCCCUGCGUCGCCAGUUCCAGUUCAGUGUCGACUCCUUCCAGAUCCGCCUGGACUCCCUGCUGCUCUUCUACGCGUGCUCGGAGAACGCCAUGACGGCCGCCUUCCACCCGUCGGUGGAGGCCGAGAGCGUGUACGGCGACUUCGCCGAGGCCCUGGAGCACCUGCAGCGCCGCCUGAUCCGCACGCGGCGGCCUGAGGAGAUCCGCGGUGGCGGGCUCCUGAAGUACUGCCACCUGCUGGUGCGCGGCUUCCGCGCGGCCUCCCCGUCCGAGAUGAAGGUGCUGCAGCGCUACAUGUGCUCGCGCUUCUUCAUCGACUUCCCGGACGUGUUGGAGCAGCGGCGGAAGCUGGAGUCGUACCUGGCCAGCCACCUGGUGGGCCUGGAGGAGCGCAAGUAUGAUUACCUGAGCACGCUGCACCGCGUGGUGAGCGAGAGCACCGUGUGCCUGAUGGGGCGUGAGCGGCGCCAGGCGCUGGGACUCAUCACCGCGCUGGCCGUGCGCGUGCUGGCCGAGCAGAACGCAGUCCUGGACGCUGCUGCCGUCACCUGCUACUACCAGCCCGCGCCCUACGUCGCCGACGGCGACUUCAGCAACUACUACGUAGCACAGAAAAUACAGAGGAGAAGACACGAGCUCACCGAGUGCAGAUGAACGACGAAACGAGGAGGAGGAGGAGGAGGAGGAGGAAGAGGUGACUCACCAGCAUGGCUUCCACUAGCUACAGCCUGAAAGCUGUGAACAGACUCUGACCUCAUUCCAUAUGAGAGAGGGAUGAAUGUGAGGAAUAGAAUGAGAUCCAGACGUGUAAACGUUGCUCUUCUGAAAGGUAGACAUGAUGGACGACAACGUGAAGACACGCAGUGAUUCAGAGACUCAAAGUCAGACCAGAACUGGUUUACCAACCAAAGAUUUUUCUCAGCAGCUAGUUGACGAGACGCUGUACUGUGUGUCAGAAAUGUUUGACAAUCAACCACCCCAGUGCCUGCAACAGUGCAAAUACCGCAGACUUGGAGAGCAACCCACCAAAUUUAUGCGCACGUGUGUGUGGUAACGAGGCUGUACAGGCUAAGCUCUGAUUCCGACUCUCACUCCAGUGCCAUAAGAGUUGUGUGGGAGCAGCAAGACGGGUGUGUAUGCGCACAGGAAGCCCACUUCAGCAAGGUCUCCAGAGCAGAGCGACCAGCAGGGCGCCAGCCCUGCACCACAGGGGUGCGAAGUCUCCCUAACGCAGCUCAUCAGUCUGAGCAAGAUCAGGAAGAGCUCACAGCGCCCCACAUCAGCAGAAAUCAUCACAAGCGGCUCUGCUAUUGGCUAAUUUGAGAGUGAAAGUGUGGGAAACAAUUGUGGAUUGUACAUACGCCACCUGUAACCAUUUGUCUCAUUUUUGUACUGAUUCUUUAUUUGUGUACACGUUGCUCCAGUGAUCAGGUCAUCUCCAUGACUGUGUUUUCAUAUGCUGUGAAAGGUACAGGUGUUCCUGAGCAUUCGUUGUGUCUUUACGUCAUCAUCCGAGUGGUUCGGAAAAGGAUGUUUGUUUAGCUUUUGGUAAUUUUCUUAAUGCACAGAAAAGUAUAAUAUGUUUAUACACGUUUGCAGACUGUAUUUUUGUCGGUGUGUGUGUGUUUGGCUUGUGUAUGUCCAGGGUCCUCUCUAAAUGGAGUGUGUGUGUGGGUGGGUGUAUGUGUGUGGUUGUAGAUGCUGUCUGGGCUUCAUAUCUGUGCUCCUGAGACCCUCCAUCUUGUACAGAAUGGUGUAAUUUGAACAUGACUGUCAUUAAAGUGAGAAAACGAUC